UAAACCCCCAAAAAAUUGGCUUAAUCUCCACAGAAUAUUGCAUUCCAAUAUUCAUAGUAAUGUCUCUCUUCUGCGGCCAAAGAGAAAGCAGCAGCAACACUCCAAUUCUCUUUUAAAAAAUGUAAAAGAAACAUUGACAACAUCAUCACUGUUAAUCUCUCAAGUGAUCGAGUAAAAUUUGGGUAUUCGAGAAGCCAUGGAAAAUAUACUUGUUUUCCUUCAGCACGAUGGAGUAUGGGAAAGUGACCACAGUUUUGUGAAUUUUGCUGUUAAUGGGAUUUUGAUCACUUCUGAGUGCAAAUUUGAAGAAUUAGUUUCAAUAAUAGCAACGCAUUUAGAGAAGGAUAUGGAUACCAACUCGAUAGAUAUUAAGUACAUAGUGAAGGAUGGGUAUCCGCCAAUGACAGUACACAAUGAUAUGAGUGUUCGGUUGUAUAUUGAGCUGAAAAGGAAGAAUUCAGAAUUCACAGAGUACCCGCUUUGCAUAACUUUCAAGGAUAAGCGUACUACUGGAAGUUGCUCAAAUGCUAAUCGUGUUACAGUUUCAUCGGAUGGUAUACAGAGUGAAAAUAUGCCUAAACUGUACCAGCCUGAUACCAUUGAGCUAAUAAGUUUUGUACAUGGGGAGGAUCGUAAUGGUGUACGAGCUGAUGACAAAGGUAUGAUAAACAACCCAGAGAUCAUUAAGCCGAUAAGUUCUGUUCAUGGGGAGGAUUGUAAUGUACCUGAUGACAAAGGUAUAAAAAACGAUCCAGAUACCAUUGAGCCGAUAAGUUCUGUUCCUGCGGAUGAUUGUAAUAGUAUACAUGAUGAUGUUAGAGGUAUAAUAGACAACCCACGACAUCAAGAUGUUGAACAAGGUCAAUUGUACCAAGACAAAGAGACCCUUGUCAAUGUUAUGAAGCAUUAUGCCAUCCAAAAAAAGUUUCAGUUUAGAGUUGAAAGGUCGAGUAGUAGCAGCUAUUGUCUUGUAUGCUUGGACGACAAUUGUUCCUGGACUUUAAGAUCUUCAAGCCUGAACAACUCAAAGCUUUUCAAAGUAAGAAAGUUCAAUGAUGUUCACACGUGCUCGAUAGAGGAAAUAUUGAGUAAACAGCGUCACGCGACUUCUGAGAUCGUUGGAGGUAUGAUCAGAAACAAGUAUGCUAAUGCAGAAUCUGAAUACACUCCAGCGGACAUAAUGCGUGACAUCAAAAAAGAUUAUGGUGUGGACUUGACCUAUAUGAAGGCUUGGAGAGCGAAGCAAAAGGCGCUUGAAAUAUUGAGAGGGAAUCCAAGCAAAUCAUAUGGGAAGCUACCGAGCUACCUGUACAUGUUGAUGCAUACAAACCCUGGAUCUGUCGUGAAACUGCAUAAAUCAGAAGGUGGCUCCUUCUUGUACGCUUUUGUAUCCUUGGAUGCAUCAAUUAAGGGAUGGGAAUAUUGCAAGCCUAUUGUGGUAAUUAAUGGGAGCUUUCUAUCAGCGGGCAGGGGGACCUUAAUCACGGCUUACACACAGGAUGCAGCUGGUAAAAUUUUUUUGCUCGCAUAUUCCGUGGUUGAUUCAGAAAAUGAUGCAUCUUGGGAGUGGUUCUUUGAAAGGUUCAGGGAUACUUAUGGUGCUAGGGAAGGGAUGUGCAUUGUAUCCGACAUGCAUGAAAGCAUCUUAAAGGCGAGUUCGGUUGUGUAUCCAGGAGUGCUUCACUGUGUAUGUAUGUUCCAUUUGUGGAACAACAUAAAGAUGAGUUACACGAAGAAUCAUAUACCUAUCAAGGAACUAUUCUUCGCGUCGGCCAAAGCAUACACGGUAGAAGAAUUUGACCGCCAUAUGGCUGAGAUAAAUAACAUCGAUAAGAGGGUCGGAGAACACUUGUUAAAUGUUGGAUAUCAUAGAUGGUCAAGAGCGCAUUCCAAAGUCAAGGGAACCACGAUCAUGUCUUUAAACAUUGCGGAGUCUAUGAAUGCAGCGAACAACUAUGCAAGAGAUUUACCAAUACUGCAUUUGCUUGAAUACAUGAUGAAGUUGGUUCAGGAUUGGCAUCACGCGAACAAGAAAAAUGCAAUAGAGACAUCCACAAAGCUGGCAAAAAAAUAUGAAGAUAUCAUGAGGGAAAAUCACAUUACAUCUCAGACAAUGACGGUGAAGCCUUCCACCGAUUACUUAUGUACUGUCAUUGAAGAUGAAAAACAAUUUGUGGUGAACCUGGGAGAGAGAACAUGCACUUGCAUAAGGUUUCAAAUAGAUGAAAUGCCGUGUCCGCAUGCUUUGGCAGUUGUCACGUACAAAAGCUUGGAUGCAUAUGAAUACUGCUCUAUCUACUACAGCGCGGAUUACUUGCUGAAAACGUAUGAAAUACCAGUGUAUCCUGUUUCCGAUGAAAGCACUUGGGACAUUCCUAGAGAGAUCUUAGAAGACGUGGUGCUACCGCCGACAGGUAGAAUUAAACCGGGAAGGCCAAAAAAGUUGAGAAUCCAGUUGCCGGAAUCACAAGCUAAGAGGUGCAAAACGUCAUGCGGACAAUGUGGACAAGAGGGUCACAACCGAAAGACAUGCGAAAGUCUACGGGAGAAAACUUGACAUGUUUGUUGGUUUGCAAUUUUUUCUAUUUAAGUCGUUCAUUGUAUUUGGAUUCAUGGAUUACAAAGUUUGAUAUGAGUUAAUAAAAUAGUUAUUGUCAGGUUUUUCUU